AUGGGUUGUGGUUCCAGUAUUUGCUCACGUGCUAAGCAACAAAAACCCCAAUCAUCAACACCAAAAUCGACCUCAAAAAAUAUAUCACCAAAAUCAGGUCGACUUCCACCAAUCAAUCAGCAGUCAUCCACAUCAACAAGUACUGUAACUACAAAAAAUAAAUCAACUAAAAAUAUUUCACUCAACUAUGAUCGUUCUCAAAAUUUGGAAACAUUCUCCAUCGUUUGGCUCGAUCGAAAUAUACACGAUUUUGACGAUGUAGAUGAUAUUCAAAAAGAGUUUCGUGCAAUUAUUGAUUACAUUCAAUUAUUUGAUCGUCUUGAAAAAUGUGAAGAUUAUAUGAAAAAAGCAAAAGAAGAUAAAAUUUAUUUUAUUGUUUCACAAGAGUAUGCACCAAAUAUUAUUUCACACAUACAUGAUUUGCAACAAGUACAAACCAUUUAUAUUUUUUCCCUGGGCCAGGAAAACAACGCUAGAGAACAACGAACAAAACAUUAUUCAAAGGUAAAUGAAAUUUAUAAUUUUACUUCGAUUCUUACCACAAAUCAUGAGCUGUAG